AUGUGCAGGUCCUACCAACCAAACUCCCUCCACCGCCCUACCAACCAACAUCCUCCACCGCCCUACCAACCAACCUCCCUCCACCGUCCUACUAACCAACAUCCUCCACCGCCCUACCAACCAACCUCCCUCCACCGUCCUACCAACCAACCUCCCUCCACCGUCCUACCAACCAACAUCCUCCACCGCCCUACCAACCAACCUCCCUCCACAGUCCUACCAACCAACAUCCUCCACCGCCCUACCAACCAACCUCCCUCCACCGCCCUACCAACCAACCGCCCUCCACAUUCCUACCAACCAAACUCCCUCCACCGCCCUACCAACCAACCUCCCUCCACCGUCCUACCAACCAACAUCCUCCACCGCCCUACCAACCAACCUCCCUCCACCGUCCUACCAACCAACAUCCUCCACCGCCCUACCAACCAAACUCCCUCCACCGCCCUACCAACCAACCUCCCUCCACCGUCCUACCAACCAACAUCCUCCACCGCCCUACCAACCAACCUCCCUCCACCGUCCUACCAACCAACAUCCUCCACCGCCCUACCAACCAACCUCCCUCCACAGUCCUACCAACCAACCGCCCUCCACAGUCCUACCAACCAAACUCCCUCCACCGCCCUACCAACCAACAUCCUCCACCGCCCUACCAACCAACCUCCCUCCACCGUCCUACCAACCAACAUCCUCCACCGCCCUACCAACCAACCUCCCUCCACCGUCCUACCAACCAACAUCCUCCACUGCCCUACCAACCAAACUCCCUCCACCGCCCUACCAACCAACCUCCCUCCACCGUCCUACCAACCAACAUCCUCCACCGCCCUACCAACCAACCUCCCUCCACCGUCCUACCAACCAACAUCCUCCACCGCCCUACCAACCAACCUCCCUCCACCGUCCUACCAACCAACAUCCUCCACCGCCCUACCAACCAACCUCCCUCCACCGUCCUACCAACCAACAUCCUCCACCGCCCUACCAACCAACCUCCCUCCACCGUCCUACCAACCAACAUCCUCCACCGCCCUACCAACCAACCUCCCUCCACCGUCCUACCAACCAACAUCCUCCACCGCCCUACCAACCAACCUCCCUCCACCGUCCUACCAACCAACAUCCUCCACCGCCCUACCAACCAACCUCCCUCCACCGCCCUACCAACCAACCGCCCUCCACAGUCCUACCAACCAAACUCCCUCCACCGCCCUACCAACCAACCUCCCUCCACAGUCCUACCAACCAAACUCACUCCACCGUCCAACCAACCAACCUCCCUCCACAGUCCUACCAACCAAACUCACUCCACAGUCCUACCAACCAACCUCCCUCCACAGUCCUACCAACCAAACUCACUCCACCGACCAACCAACCAACCUCCCUCCACAGUCCUACCAACCAACAUCCUCCACCGUCCUACCAACCAACAUCCUCCACCGUCCAACCAACCAACAUCCUCCACCGUCCGACCAACCAACAUCCUCCACCGUCCGACAAACCAACAUCCUCCACCGUCCGACCAACCAAACUCACUCCACCGACGAACCAACCAACCUCCCUACCCGGUCCCACCAACCAUCUUCCCUCCACCGUCCUACCAACCAAACUCACUCCACAGUCCUACCAACCAUCUUCCCUCCACCGUCCAACCAACCAAACUCACUCCACAGUCCUACCAACCAUCUUCCCUCCACCGUCCAACCAACCAAACUCACUCCACCGACCAACCAACCAACCUCCCUCCACAGUCCUACCAACCAAUCUCCCUCCACCGACCAACCAACCAUUCUCCCUCCACCGUCCUACCAACCGCCCUCUCUCCACCGUCUUACCAACCAUCUUCCCUCCACCGUCCUACCAACCAACCUCCCUCCACGGACCAACCAGCCACCCCCUAUCGACCAACCAGCCUCCCUCCACCGUCCUACCAACCAUCCUCCCUUCUCCGACCAACCAACUUUCCACCGUCCUACCAACCAACCUCCCUCCACCGUCUUACCAACCAACCUCCCUCCACCGUCCUACCAACCAAUCUCCCUCCACCGUCCUACGAACCAUCCUCCCCCCACCGACCAACCAACAUCCCUCCACCGUCUUACCAACCAUCUUCCCUCCACCGUCCUACCAACCAACCUCCCUCCACGGACCAACCAGCCACCCCCUAUCGACCAACCAGCCUCCCUCCACCGACCAAACAACCUUCCUCCACAGUCCUACCAACAAACCCCCACAGACCAACCAACCUCCCUCCACAAUCCUACCAAACAACGUCCCUCCACCGUCCUACCAACCAACCUCCCUCCACCGUCUUACCAACCAUCUUCCCUCCACCGUCCUACCUACCAACCUCCCUCCACCGUCUUAACAACCAUCUUCCCUCCACCGUCCUACCAACCAACCUCCCUCCACCGUCCUACCAACCAAUCUCCCUCCACCGUUCUACCAACCAUUCUCCCUCCACCGACCAACCAACCUCCCUCCACCGUCUUACCAACCGACCUCCCUCCACCGUCCUACCAACCAACCUCCCUCCACCGUCUUACCAACCAUCUUCCCUCCACCGUCCUACCAACCAACCUCCCUCCACCGUCUUACCAACCAACCUCCCUCCACCGUCCUACCAACCAAUCUCCCUCCACCGUCCUACCAACCAUCCACCCUUCACCGACCAACCAACAUCCCUCCACCGUCCUACCAACCAACAUCCCUCCACCGUCUUACCAACCUCCCUCCACCGUCUUACCAACCAAUCUCCCUCCACCGUCCUACCAACCAUCCUCCCUCCACCGACCAACCAACCACCCCCCACUAACGUUCUACCAACCAUCCUUCCUCCACCGACCAACCAACCAUCCUCCCUGCAGCGUCUUCCCAACCUCCCUCCACCGUCUUACCAACCAAUCUCCCUCCACCGUCCUACCAACCAUCCUCCCUCCACCGACCAACCAACCAUCCUCCCUGCAGCGUCUUCCCAACCUCCCUCCACAGUUCUACCAACCUCCCUCCACCGACCAACCAACCCCGGACACCUGCAGACCAUCUACUUCAGGAAGAAAUUAG